AUGUCCGGUGCCAGGAACCUCUCCGUCGCCCUCCGACGGGCUCGCGUGCCCAAGCCUCGCUCUCUGCUGCGUCCUCUGUCCGUCUGCGCCCCGUCUCCCGCGACCACUGCCGCCCGCGCCUUCAGCGUCACCUCCGCGGCCAAUGCGACCAAGGAGAUCAAGUACACCAGCAACGCCUACCCCAACCUCAAGCGGGAUCCCAAGUUCGCCGAAAUCUCCGCCGAUGAUGUUGCUUUCUUCAAGGAAUUGCUGGGCGCCCAGUCCGCCGUGAUCGAUGGCGUUACCGCCGACGCGGCCGACGAUAUCGAGCCUUUCAACAGCGACUGGAUGCGCAAGUACCGCGGUCACACGAGACUGGUUCUCAAGCCCCAAACAAAGGAGGAGGUUAGCAAGGUGCUGCAAUACUGUAACGAGAAGAAGUUGGCGGUGGUUCCUCAAGGUGGCAAUACUGGAUUGGUUGGCGGCUCCGUGCCGGUGUUUGACGAGAUUGUCGUCAACCUGUCUCGCAUGAACCAGAUUCGCUCGUUCGAUGAGGCUUCCGGUGUGCUGGUUGUCGAUGCCGGUGUCAUCCUGGAGGUUGCCGAUCAGUACCUCGCUGAGCGCAACCACCUGUUCCCCUUGGAUCUGGGCGCCAAGGGUUCCUGCCAUGUCGGUGGCAAUGUGGCUACCAACGCUGGUGGUCUGCGUCUCCUCCGCUACGGCAGUCUCCACGGCACCGUCCUUGGUGUGGAGGCUGUUCUGGCUGACGGAACCGUCGUCGACGCUCUGUCGACCCUGCGCAAGAACAACACUGGAUACGAUUUGAAGCAGCUGUUCAUUGGUUCCGAGGGCACCAUCGGUAUCAUCACUGGUGUGUCCAUCCAGUGCCCCCCUCGCCCCAAGGCCGUCAAUGUCGCCUACUUUGGUCUCGAGAGCUACGACCAGGUUCGCCAGGCCUACCAGGAAGCCAAGGGUCACCUGUCGGAGAUUCUCUCCGCCUUUGAGCUCAUGGACGGCCGCAGCCAGAAGCUCGUCAACGAGUCCACAGGCACCAAGUAUCCCCUGGAAGGCGAGUACCCCUUCUACUGUCUCGUUGAGACCAGCGGAUCCAACGCCGAGCACGACAUGGCCAAGCUGGAAGGAUUCCUGGAGCACAUCAUGGGUGAGGGCAUUGUUGCGGACGGUGUCCUGGCUCAGGACGAGACCCAGUUCCACGCCAUCUGGCGCUGGAGAGAGGGUAUCACGGAGGCGCUGAGCCACUUGGGUGGCACCUACAAGUAUGACGUCUCCAUUCCUCUGCCGGAGCUGUACCAGCUGGUCGAGGACUGCAAGGAGCGUCUGACGAAGCUUGGAUUCGUUGGCGACGACGAUUCGUUCCCUGUCCGUGCUGUUGUGGGUUACGGCCACAUGGGUGACUCCAACCUGCACCUGAACAUCUCGGUGCGCCAGUACAACAAGGAGGUUGAGAAGGCCAUUGAGCCUUGGGUGUACGAGUGGAUCCAGAAGCGGAAUGGCAGCAUCAGUGCCGAGCAUGGUCUCGGUCUUGCGAAGAAGGAGUUUAUCGGAUACAGCCAGAAUGAUACCAUGGUGAAGUUGAUGAAGCAGCUGAAGGGGCUAUACGACCCGAAUGGAAUCUUGAACCCCUACAAGUACAUCUAG